UUCAUAUGAACAAGUGUGUGCUACCUUCUGGUGGGAGGGGGUUGCGGGAAGGGAGUGGUUGAGGUUAACCUUCUCAAGUAGUGGCUGCGUGUGCCCAAGUUGUGUCGCUUCAUCCACAUACCUUCUGCAGGUGCUCAGAGGACUUCCGCCACCAAUUCAUCAUCAGCCCUUCCUGUGCCACCAAAGGGGAAGUUACCAGCACCACGGACACCUUUGCAGACAGUGAACCACAAUGCCAAGAAAUGUAGGUUUACAAAGGCAUGCCCUCUGAACCAUCCUUGACUCCGAAUCAGAAGAGGCGUCCUACUGCUGCACGGGACUUUGCAUCCAAACCGCUGUCGACUCCAAGUCACCAAGAAAAACAUCCUUCCAAUGGUGUUCUUGAACUGAGUCCACAUGAAUCUGACGGGAGGAAGACACCGCCAGUAACAUUGGAGGCACUCGCCCCUCUCGAUCGUCACAUCUUGAAAUGUUUUGCGGAGGCCAAACAGCAGAACAGAGAAAUGUUGAGCACUCUGCAGGACAUAAAGCAAGCUCAGCUUGAUGUUUUCCACCGCCUUUCACAACUCCAGAGCCAAAGUACUGCAGACCUAGUUGAGGAUACGUUUGACGUCGACGACCUACGCCUCCCGCUAAGGACAAUGGAGGCAUUCAGAGCAGCUGAGAAGCAGCUUGAAGACAAAUGUGCGCGUCAAACACUGAAAGGGUAUCUCAGUGCCUUUGGAGGUGCCACCCUUGAGGGCACAACACGAGUAAUCAUGUCACGAGUGAUGACUCCUGCCCUGCAGGUCCUCUUUAACAUGAAGGGAAGGAAAGGCUCAAAACUGCCCUUUGAGGGCACAAACAUGUGCUCAGUUGUCGUCGGUGCAAUCGAAGGACGUUCCUCCAACGACAGAGUUGCCAUUGAGCACGCUGUGGGGCGAUACCUUGCGGGAGCCAAAGACCGUGAUGGAGGACGCCGGGCCAGGCUGGAAGCUCCAGCAGCUGCAACGAGUGUGCCUGCAAUGCCACCACCGCUCACCCACUGCACUUCACCGCGUACUUAACAUAAUCCAUUUCGCACUAUUACAUUCCAUCACGUAGUUAACUGCCUUUCGUAUUUUGGCAUAUAUGUACUCUGCAAUGCUAUAGCGAACAGUGAGGGCAACACUAUUGCAUUCCACGUAUAUAGGUCACUAUGUUGAAUUCAUUAACAUUGUUGCACUUUUCUAUUAGUUUGCAUUUUCAAUUUCUAAAUGGUCUGGAAGGACCAGCACUGUUGCUGAAUAAAGUGUUCAUCGAAGCAGACCCUUUC